AUGGCCCGCGUUGUCAGGAGGGCCGCCUCGGCUUCGGUCCGGCGCGCCCCCAGCCGCGCUGUUCAGCGGAGAGCUCGAAAACAUAAAGUGAUCAUGGAGUCGGUCACCCAGGAGAAGAAGAAACUCCAGAGUGUUAUCAGCUUCGAAGCACGCGCUCCAACCGGUUACACUUUCAUCCCGGCUGGAAACCCCCAUCUCACUACAGCUUGCAAAGAAAGAUGCCGAAAAGAAGGAUCUCAGAUCUAUGCGGUCUCGACCACCCCGCAUACAACAACCCAUAAUCUAUCCCUCCAUGUUCACCGCAUAGGUUACCAUUUCCCGAGCACUGUGGUCGCAGCGGUCUGUUCGGAGUUGGGACUCUAUCUCACCAGCACCGGAAAGGCGGUGCCUUUCCAUACCAUGAGCUCGAAAGAGGCUCGCCCGACAGCUGAUGCCAACAAAGACCAAUUGACCAUCAACACGGAGGCAAGAGACGCGAUUACAGAUCUCUUCCCUAACAUUCCACAGAAUGAUUUACAUCAGAUCAUUAAAACUGCUUUUCAGAAGGGUCAGCGAAAGGUAGGCACAGCCUCCGAGCUGCCUCUAGCUCGUCGUGCACAACUUGCCGUGGUGGCCCAUAUCCGCCAUCUCUACACCGAUUACGACAAGCUUUUGAAGUCGGGCUCCUUUCACGAGGCGAGAUCGACCGUUGAACAGCCGACUCUGGCCAAGCUCGUCGCCUGGCGUGGCGAUGAUGAGAAUGGCCAAAAGGUCCUUGAAGAUGUCUUCCGAGAGGUCAUCGUGAUCUCGGAUGACGAUGAUGACAGUGAAAUCGAGGAGGAAGUCCUCACUUCAAGAGAUAACCGAGACCAAAGCGUGGAAAUUCUUUCCAGUCAUGCCAGAGCCCAUGACAUUCAAACACAACCCAUUAACUUUGUGAACACCUCAACCCUGGACCCCUUGCGCGAGAUGUCCGAGGAAGCACCGCCGGGGUUCCGAUUUGUGCAUACAGUACCCAAGAAGGCCGUCGAUCGCCGAGGAUUUAGUCGAUACCAGGCGUGGAACCGCGCAAUGACCAAGUACGGGACUAAUGGCACCGCACAUGGCACCGAACAGGCCCGCUUGAACAGUGUCACGGCCGAGCAGCAAAGCCCACGCCACGGAAAACGUCCCCUAGCCCCUCCUCGUGAACUCGCAGACUCUCCCAGGCGCCGUGAGCUUCCUCCUCCGCCGUUGGAAGGUUCCCCUAGAGUCAUUCCAGGUCACAGUCGGUUUGAAAAUACUGUCCACCGUACGGCUGCUGCUCCAGAACGACCAGCAGGAAAUGGCUAUGUAGGUAUCCAGGACAGACGCGGGCCUUUGGAGGGCCAACGAACUGUGUCCCAGCAACAUGGGACCAGUGGACGACCAGUACUAACUACACAGAAUUCAUCUGAUGUCCACCUCUUGGAUAGGAGUCCUCGCUCCGUUGGACAUGCUCUUUACCCUCCACCCCCAGGCAAGGCUCAUUUGAAUUUGACUUCCAAUGCUCGUCCCGAGCGGAUCCCCACCUCCAAUAACAACGCAAACUCGCCAGUUUUCGUUAACGCGCACAAAGAACUGCAUUCGAUUAGCCAGAAUCAGUUUGGCGCCCGGACUGAAGCUCCUAUCUCUCAUGCGACCAGACCAAAUGCUACCUCCCAGGACUACGUACUACCCUCAAUCGAAGCACCUUGGCCACAGGACAAGCGAAAGGCGGAUGUCCGACUGGAGAACAUGACGAAACGGAUGAGUCUUCGUUCCGUAACACCCAAACAGCCAGGAGAGCUGUCUCAGCCUGGCAGUCCAGAUGACCCAAACUCCAAGAGACGACGACUGGCUUAUCACGUACCCCCGCCCGUAUCCCAGGAAUCGCGCCCCGAUCCUUGGAACACAAGGCCCAUUGCUAUGCCGGUUUCUGUUUCCGACGGGUUGGCCGCAAGAGGCCAAUACCGCCGCGAUGAUCUCGGUCCCGAGUAUCGCGUAAUGGACGGGAAUUUCGUUCAUCGGGACUACCUCGUUCCCGCAGAUCCAUACCAAAGAGAGAGACAGGCUCAGGCCCAGGCCCCGCAGGAUGCCAGACCAGCAUUGGAUCGAACUCGUUUCGCCGAUAUGCACUCACAGUCCGGCCCUCCUGGAACCAAUGAUCGCAUUCUCAGAACCGGCCCCGUCGCUUCUUCCCGCCCUACUUACUAUGGUGAUCGUAGCCCUCACACCCGACCUGCAGUGAUUGAUCCUCGUGCCUGGAAAGAUGGUGAUAGUCCUCACUCUCGCCCUCAUGUUCCCGGUGCCCCCUUGAAUGUGAAGCUUUACGCUGACGGCUUUGUCCGCCACGUUGAUUUUCGCGAAGUUCGUCCGGUCGAGUAUUACGUUCAACGCCCAAGGGUGCAGCCGCAGCCGCGCGCCGGAGAUCCCAUUGGCCAAGGCCAAGGCCAGCCCUUCAGAGCUAGGAUUCCUGAGCACUUUAUUUCCAAGGAUCUUCCUCCGUCUCACUCCCUGCCGCAGCCUCUACCGGAGCAGCAGCACCUACUUCCAGCUUCCCGAGCUACUCACAGUUCUCACGACCAGACUCUUCCUCAUCCAGAGGCUAUGCCUAUGUCUGGAAAUCGCCAGCCCCGAGGACCACCUCCCGCAGGCGCUCGUGACAGACGUCCUGGGAGCGGGCCCGGCCCGAAGCGACGCGUCCACGACCCCCGCGCUUUCCAAAUGGCCGAACAAAGCCGGCCCAUCUACGUACAAAGAGUGGAAUCGCAGACACCCCAGCCCCAGUCCAUAUCCGAGGGCAGCAGACAUGUUGUCAUUGUCGAUUGA